AUGGCCCCCUCUCACUCGAGAUUGUCACCAUCCAGGCAGCACUCAGAAGAGUCUUGGAUCGACAUCAGCUCGAGACCGUCAUCGUCCUCACCAUCUUCCGCUAUCGACGAAAUCAUCACGACGGGUCUCACAGUCCAACAUGACUCAAAUUUGCACAGAAGAAGUCGACGUCCACGAAGCGGUCACUUCCAGACAGGCGCUGGCCAUCGUGUGACGAGUGUAGGAGGAGGAAAUAGCAGUCAAGAAGAGUACGACGAGAGCGAAAGCGAGUCGGACAGGGUCAUGACUUCCUCCAACGAGCAUGUCGGACCUUCUCCGUUGCGGCAGGAAGUGCACCGUACCUCUCGGGGGCUCCACUCGGUUGCUUCCUCUGACACCUUGUCUGAGAGGGAAGAAGAGUACGACGACGAUGACGAGAACGCAACUGCAGUCAACUACCCAAGAUCAACCGCUCGCCAGUUCCAGCCACGACCCAACGCAUUUUCACACCCGAGUGCAGAGCAUGUGGUACGUUCACAGUCAGGUACUGUGUACACGCCGCGUAGGCCUGCAGCAAGACCUGGAUCUCAACGGCAGCACUCAUACCCACAACAUACACCCUACAACGUCAUAUCACCUAGCCACCAAGCUGAUCAUGAUGAGGCACUACGAGCCAGUCUUUCCACACUUCUCUCCGCAGCGGCUGCUGUCAGAGGCCUGCCCAAGCCCGGUCAACCUCGUACUGCGCCGGCCGCAACUUCUAGUCGCAUACAGCCAUCAUCUCUUCGUAUGGUCCCGGAGUCAGUAGCAUUGGGCAAAAUAACAGAGGAAACAAGUAACGGCUCAUCUUCCCGCGCCACAAGCAGCACUCCCUCCGAAAAAGUCAAACGCAAAGCAAGUCCAGCUGUCGCAGGUACAAGAAGCAGUAGCAGAGAUCGCCACUCGGCCAAAAAAGCACGCAAGCAGAGCGCUUUGAUCGAGGAGAUUAGUCCAACACUGUUCACAUGGGUUGUCAGCGCCGGCGUUGUCGUACUGGUGAGCGCCCUCAGCUUUUCUGCCGGCUACGUGAUCGGCAAUGAAGCUGGCUACGCUGAAGCCAUGGGUCAAAUGGGUGCUGUCGGUACCGAAGCCGGCGGCUGUGGGGAAGAGGCUAUGAGAGGUACCGGGUUGGGUCUCCGCCGGCUUCGAUGGACUGGAGGCGCCGUUGUCCGCGUCUGA